UUUUUUUUAAGGCAUAUACACAAGACUGACCAUGCUCCAUCAUUCAGCCACUUUCCUCCUACAACUACAGCCAUCGCUUUAGAUGUUCGCGAAGCGCUCUUACAAUUUCAGCCCAGCGAGUCCAGGCGGCAAUCUUACUUUCGAUGCAUGAGAGUUUAAAGCUUUCAGCCGCUAAGGAGGCAUCUGAGCUGAAUCAUUUGCAUUAUGGCUUCGGAUCAAGAAAAGAACAGACAGCGUAUGAAACAGCUUCUGGGGAAACCUGGGAAUGGAAACUGUGCCGACUGCGGAGCUGCAGAUCCAGAGUGGGCAUCCUACACCCUGGGUGUGUUUGUGUGUCACAGCUGCUCAGGCCUCCAUAGAAACAUUGCUCAGAUCAGCAAGGUGAAAUCUAUCCUGUUGGAUCCCUGGAGCUCCUCUGAGCUGGAGUUUAUGGACUCUUUGGGUAACAAUGCCUGCAAGGCCAAAUAUGAACAGAUAGUUCCUGCCUUCUACUACUGUCCAACACAAAAAGACUGCAUGCUCCUGCGGGAUCAAUGGAUCCGAGCCAAGUACGAGAGGAAGGAGUUUGUGUGUGUGGAGAGGCAGGAGCCCUACUCGGCAGGCUACAGAGAGGGGUUUCUAUGGAAACGAGGCAGAGACAAUGGGCAGUACCUCAGUCGAAAAUUUAUUCUGUCUGAACGGGAAGGUGUUUUGAAGUACUUCAACAAGCAUGAUGCCAGAGAGCCCAAAGCGAUUAUGAAGAUCAAUACUGUGAAUGCCACGUUCCAGCCAACAAAAAUCGGCACUGCCCACGGCCUGCAGAUAACCUAUUUAAAGGACAACAGUACUAGGAAUAUCUUUGUUUACCAUGAGGAUGGAAAGGAAAUGGUGGACUGGUUCAAUGCCAUCAGAGCAGCCAGGUUUCACUACCUGCAGGUGGCUUUUCCUGGAACUCCUAACUCUGAAUUGUUGUCAAAGCUAAGCAGGAACUACAUAAAGGAGGGUUACAUGGAAAAGACUGGUCCAAAGCACACAGAGGGCUUCAAGAAGAGAUGGUUCACUAUGGAUGACAGGAGGCUCAUGUACUUUAAAGAUCCACUGGAUGCCUAUGCACGAGGCGAGGUGUUCAUUGGUAGUAAGGAAAACAGCUACACUGUGCUUCCCGGCCUCCCCCCGAACAUUCAGGGCUACCAUUGGCUGUUUGGAAUUACCAUAGUGACCCCGGACAGGAAGUUUCUAUUUGCAUGUGAAACUGAAGAGGAUCAGAAAGACUGGAUCGCUGCAUUUCAGACUGUUAUCAGCAGACCAAUGAUGCCUCAGGAGUAUGCAGUGGAGGCCUAUUUCAAGCACAAACCAUGACUGUCUUAGUGUUUGUCAACUGUUGGUGCAAAAUGAGGAGGAGGAAGAGGACCUCAGAUAUGUACUCGAUAUCUCAUAAUGGGAGCCUUUAAAAAAACUUAAGGGUGAUAGAAAAAGGACUAAAAGGUGAGACCACAGUUCUCGUCCCCACAGUGACUCCUUUACUCUACCUGCCACCCUGCUCAACCUCACCUAUGUUAUGUGCCAGACCCAUUUGAUAGAAAGUCCGAAUCACUCCUAAGCUCAUGAAUGUUACCCUAACUCACUCAUCUGUUAUGCGACUUACAUACUUGAAAGAAGUCAGUCAUCUUGACCUGAAUGUGCUGAAGUUACUUGUUUGUAGGAAUCAGAAGCGUUGCUGCUUGGAUGUCAAAAGAUGUGGUUCUCUCUGAUCUCAGUAAUAGUAUUGUACAUACUUAAUUACUCAGAUGUUAAUACAACUGAAUUAACCUUGCAAUUCAACUAGGUGUACAAAUUGUGCCCUUCUGGCUAGUUAUCUGCAGACUAAGACAAACAUUAUCUGACACACAGUGUAAUAUGUUAGUAAGAAGGAAUAAUACAUACAUGGUCUACAGAUAUUCACACACAUAUUCACAUUUAUUUCCACAUAUGAGUACCAUGGUAUUUAAUUCUUAAUGUAUUUAUUUUUUUAACUGUCUACCACGCUUUAUGCUGCUUGUAAAUUUAUGUUAAGCACUGCAGGUAUAAUAAGCUAUUUUUGCUUUUUUGUACAUAUUCAAGCAACUGAAUGUAAAUUGCUUUGUGUGACGUUUAUGAUCACAUUUAAGAAUUGGCUUGCAUUCCUUUGCCUCUCGUUUUUGCAAAACUAUCCAAAUUUCAAACAUCUUUUAAUGUAUUAUAAUUAUUUAUCCAGCAGAGGGAGACAAAGGAAAGGUUUUAAACUCCCUAAACUAAGGGGCUCAUUAACCUCAUCAAACCAGUGACGACAGGUGUGCACAUUAAAUUAUUUGUGUAAGUGCUGAAGAGAAAGGCAGCAGUGCCUUUGUUCAAACUUGAAGAGCUGGGGUCAAGCAAACACUGUAAGCGUGCAUCUGCCCAAAUCUCCGCCACACACAUUAUUUUAUAACUCAUGCUCUGAAUUCACUGUACAGUCGUGUUGGAGUGAAAUUUGUGCAAGUGACUCUGAAAUAUGGUCACUAUUAAAAGGGUAAAAGCCACAUUACCUUCUGUUUUUAUUGUAGUUAACUUUCAGUUACAAGAAAGAAGUUGCACAUUGAAAAGUAGUCAAACCACAAAUCAAUACAUUACUCUGAACAUCAAGAUUGAAAAAAUGUACAGUAAAUGCUGUACAGAGAUAUUCAGUUUUUAUGGUUUCUAUGACUAAGAUGAAACUACUAAAGCAACAGUCAUAUAAAAAGAGGCCUAUGCUUCUUUUACGAAGAACAGGUUAAAUACUGGUAACAGAUUAUAAGAAAUAUGUUUUUAAGAAAACAUGGCACUAUAUACCCUAUUUAUGUAUUUCUGAAUGGAAAAUAAAAGCAAAACAAAAAAGCAGGAAAUAAAGCAGCCAACAAAUAUUUGCACAUUCGACUACAAAUAUAACAUUCAAAGGAAAAAGAGAAAUAUACAUGUCUGUGUGUCAUAUACAAUACUCUAGGUAACAUUGUCAACAUACUCUAGGUCUUUAUUCCCUAGCACGCUCUUAUUUACCAUCUAAAGUGCUAUUCUCCAUCAAAACUUUUUUACAUGCAGAAAAAAGUAUUUACAUCACGUUUGUCAAAACCCCAGUGUAGAUUACAUAAAGCUUAAAUAACAAUUAAAAAAAAAGUAUAUGUAUAUUAUCAAGAAGAGAUGUUGCAUUAGAGCACUCCAAGACUUAACAUUGACCCUAUAAUAUUGAAAAAAACCCAUGCACUGCCAUGUUUCUAAUGUUUAUUUAAACUGCUGUAUUCUUCAUUUUUUUGCAUAUAGCAUGAAUUCAAAUCUACUAAAAGAAUCAUGUAUUGUGGCUAAUGAUGCUAUUCUGUACUUAAUAUUCUUGUAUACACAAUAGCAACAUAUAUGAACUUUUAUGUAAAAGUAGUAAUACAUAUUCCCAAAUAUCCACAGCUGAAUCAUGGAAAUGCUUAGAUUGAGUUUAUGCUGGUGAGCUAAACUGGCUGCAAAGAGCCUGUUGAAUUACUGACAUGAACACUGAACCAUGUACAGACAACACAUCACUGUACAUCUAUUAUAUGAACAUUCAUCCAUGCGCUGAUCACAAAAUGGCAAAUGUCAUUAACAUUUUAAAUGGCUGUGAGAAAUAAAUGUAUCUUGUGUCUGCAAAAGACCAUAAUUUCUGUUGUGAUUAAGUCCCGUCACAAUAAAAUAACCACAUAAGGUAA